UUUAACUUUUGGACAAUUUUUUCAGGAUGGCUUCUAAUUUAAGAAUCAGGCAGAAUGCCAGGGGGACUCUGAGUCUGAAUAGUACAACGUGCCCCAGUGCUGUCGCCCAGUACUGGCUCAAGAAGGGUAUGGAUCCUUCUGGGUUUCAAGCCAGAUAUAUUGAUGAGCAGAUAGGCCGUGGAGUUUUCACCCUCCAAGAUAUAAAAAAAGGUGACUUCCUGCUUGAGUACUCUGGAGAGCUAAUCUCAAAGAAGGAGGCCCUGCAGAGGGAGGAAGAAUACAAGAUGAAGGAGAAGGGGAACUACAUGUUCUUUUUUAAGGUGAACGGCACUGAAUAUUGGCGAGUAUUUUUAUAG